CAUGUCAACAUAGACAUGUCAAAAUACCAGCUUCAAAUGAAAACAACAGAAAUGUGGCUCAUUAUUUUCUCGUUAAAUGGGAAAUAUCAGUCAAAAAUUUACUUAUAAUGCCUCUUUGUCCAUGACGGAGUUGUUGGAGCUGAGAGAUUCAUUACCCCAAGACAUGGCAUCACAAAAAAUAGAAGUUCAUCACUUAACCAGUAACCCUACAGCAGCAUGGAAAGAACUUGCAAUAUCUCAAAAAGUAAUUAAAGUAAAUGUAAAACUACCGGCUAAACCAGUAGAAUCUAACAAAGUAAGAUUUGUUUGUAUGAGUGAUACCCAUUCUUUGUUGAGAAAUGAUUUUGAAGUACCACAUGGGGAUGUAUAUAUACACGCCGGCGAUUUCACAAGAUGCGGUCAAAAAGACGAAGUGAUACAAUUUAGUACAUGGCUGGGCACCCUUCCCCAUAAGCACAAGAUCGUAAUUGCUGGCAAUCACGAAUUGAGCUUUGACGAGACAUUUUCUGACUUAUUCAGAAAGAAAAUAGCAUUACAUUUAGGAUCAGAUGAUGGCGAACAAGUUCUCAACUAUGGAAACACCAAGGAUGACAUUGUGGACGCAGUAAAUGAAGAUAAUAUAAGACAGCAUUUGUCUAAUUGUACAUAUUUAGAAGACUCGGGAAUAGAAUUGUAUGGUAUUAAGAUAUAUGGUUCUCCUUGGCAACCUGAAUUUGGGGGUUGGGCAUUUAAUAUACCUAGAGGUGAAAAAUGUUUAUCCAAAUGGGAUAAAAUCCCUGAAGAUACUGAUAUAUUGAUAACCCAUACACCUCCUCUAGGUCACGGAGAUUUGGUAUGUUCAGGAGUUAGAGCAGGAUGUGUUGAAUUACUUCAAACAGUACAAAAAAGGGUGAAACCAAAGUACCAUGUGUUUGGCCAUAUACACGAGGGAUAUGGAGUGUCCUCAGAUGGAAGAAUAAUCUUCAUUAACGCUUCUACAUGUGAUAUUAAUUAUAUUCCGAAGAACUUGCCUAUAGUGUUCGACGUACCAUUGCCUGAAGGCUGUUCUAAAGAUUAGAUGUAAUUUUUAGCUUAGAAAACAAAUUAUUUUUGUUUUUUAUGUACCUGUGUUAGAGAUUUUGUAUGCAUUAAAUUUUAUUAGUAAA